CGCCGCCGAGGAAACGGCCAAGACGACGUCAAACGCGACGAUCUAAGAGGGUUUUCCGGUACUAAAGCCUGACAUAGCACCACCCUCGAUCCAGUCCACCUAUUUAUCUCUUUUGUUUCUUUCUUUUUGUCCCCUCAUCCUUUCCAACCCGACCACUCCUUGUUUGGACCUCACGCUCCCGCUGUCGCAAUCUCGGCCAUGGCCUCUAUGCCCGAUACCUCGGCCGGGGCGCUUCUGGCGUCCCUGAACCACGUCCCUCGCCCUGAAGUCCAGGAGUACGUCCGAGCCAUGUACACAGAGCGCCCAGACACGGUCAUGUUGCUGGUCGGUUGGCACGGUCCAGACCCAUAUUUCUGCCUCUACGUUCCAAUCCCCGUGCUCCAGGGAGUUUCUGGCAUCCUUGGAUCAGACGGGCCUCCCCCCUCCACCGGCCCACAGACGGUCUCACCCUACACACUCCAUUUUCGACACCAGGAUGCUCAGGCCGCUGUGGUGUUCGCGUUGUGGCUGGGCCUGCACCAGACCUCCGACCCCGCAGUCUACGAAGCCUUCGACGGCGUGCUUCGGUCCAAGUUCGAGGGCGUCCGGGGCUUGUUCGCCGACUGCUGGGAAAUAGCCGAUCAAUUCGAGUCACCGCCGUUCAUGAACUACCUGACCACCACCAUGGUCAAGGUGGCUGGGGACGACUUCGAAGUGCUCAUUGCGGAAGCCGACCGUUUCGCCCACCUCUCCUACACCGGUGCCACCAUCGUCAGCGCCAUGAUCGAGAAUUUGGCCUGGGUGUUCGUCGAGCACGACUUGGGUCUCCGCCAAAUGCUACGCGAGUGGAUGCGCCAUCCCGGCCUCAUGAACGGCAGUCCCCCCCUCCUGUUGGACUUCCUAGCCGCGGUCGAAGACAUGACGGGUCUAAAGGACAGAGGCUUGCCGUACCAUCCACUAGACCGCCUUUGCUGGAAGUGGCAUCUGCACCGAAGCAUGGAGGAGCGACAAGCGUGUCCCGACUUUGACGCAACUAUAGACACUGUGCUGUAUGCGAAUGUUGAUGAGUAUGAUGAUCCCAGUGGCGGUGAUGAGGAUGACCAUGGUGGUGACGGUGGUGACGACGGUGACGACGGUGAUGACGAUGAAAAGGAGGCAGAGCACGGAGACCCAAACCCUCGUUCCAAGAGCAGCCACACCAAUACUCGGCCGGAAUACCAUCCAGGCUGGGCGCAGGAGCGGAUGGAAGGGCGGCGCACUCGAGCAUCUCGAAGACCGAAACGAAAGGCGGAGUCGGCGGGGCUUGACGAUGGUGAUGAUGGUGAUACGGAAUGA